AUGGCUUUGAAAUCUGCAGCUUUGUUUGAAAAGAUGGAUCCAUUCAUCAAAUCCCAAGGUGCUGAUUUGGUUAAGAAAAUCAAUGCCAUCUAUUUCUUUGAAGUUUCAAAGGCCAAAGGAGAAACCCCUGAAGUUUGGACUGUUGAUCUCAAGAAUGGCUCAGGAUCAAUUGCCAAGGGACGUGUCGGAACAGCUGAUGCCACAUUCACCAUGGUUGAUGAUGACAUGAUGGCUAUGGCUCAAGGAAAGUUGAAUCCUCAAUAAGCCUUCAUGUAAGGAAAGAUGAAGAUCAAGGGAAAUAUGGCUGCUGCCACCAAAUUCACCCCAGAUCUUUUACCAAAAGAUGCCAAACUUUGAGGUUAUAAUAAAAGUGUAUAACAAAUCACACAAUUACAUUAGACC